GACAACGGUCUCUCUUCCACCAUGUCUGCUGCUGCUUUGCCGCCUCUAGAGCCGCUUUUCAACAUAAAUGGAAAGCGGACCCGCAGCGUAUUUGCUUCUUGUCCUGACGCCGGCUUCAAAGACGAAGAGAAAAGUGCACGGCUACGACUGGCGGUGAAGAUCCAUGACGAGUAUCGUGAUUUCAAGGAACUCCCGUCCGCACUUCUCUCUCAGCAGGCCCAUGUGGGUCCGUCGCGUCCAAAGGAGCAACGGAAAUUAAUAACUGCAGGAGCCUCUGCAGAUGCAGAAACGUCACGCAUGAUUGCCAAAAUCGACAACACGCCUGUCUCGCAGCCAUCAACAUUCAUGUCCUCGAGUAAACUCUCACAAGCUCUCACCCUACAUAAAACGACGCGGACGGUCAAGCCUACGUAUCACCCACCAUGGAAACUUGCUCGUGUUAUUUCAGGGCACCUGGGAUGGGUCCGAAGCGUAGCAGUAGAACCGGGCAACAAAUGGUUCGCCACGGGUGCCGGCGAUCGUGUGAUAAAAAUCUGGGAUCUUGCGUCGGGGGAGCUGAAGCUGUCGCUAACGGGCCACAUAUCCACCGUGAGAGGUUUGGCCGUAUCGCCACGGCAUCCGUACCUCUUUUCGUGUGGUGAGGAUAAGAUGGUAAAGUGCUGGGACUUGGAGGCUAACAAGGUCAUUCGGCAUUACCAUGGACACUUGUCUGGUGUAUAUUCCCUAUCCCUCCAUCCAACUCUCGAUGUGUUAGUCACUGCCGGUCGUGAUGCGUCUGCUCGUGUCUGGGACAUGCGGACAAAGGCCCAGAUCCAUGUUCUUUCCGGUCACACUGGUACAGUCGCAGAUGUGAAAUGCCAAGAAUCUGACCCACAAGUCAUCACCGGAAGCAUGGAUUCCACAGUCAGAUUAUGGGACCUUGCGGCCGGAAAAACCAUGGUAACACUCACGCACCACAAAAAAUCUAUUCGGUCUUUAGCUAUACAUCCUACGGAAUAUUCUUUUGCAUCUGGAUCGGCGGGUGGUAACAAUAUCAAGAAAUGGAAGUGUCCGGAAGGCACAUUCGUGUUCAACUUCAGUGGACAUAAUGCAAUCAUCAACACGCUGUCGGUCAACGCCGAGGGCGUCUUCUUCUCGGGGGGCGACAAUGGUACUCUCACACUCUGGGACUAUAAUACGGGCACUCCCUUCCAAAAUAUGGACGAUAUUCCUCAGCCUGGGUCCCUUGAAGCAGAAGCUGGUGUUUUCUGUUCGACCUUUGAUAUGACUGGAACGCGGUUGAUUACCGGUGGUGCUGAUAAGACGAUCAAGGUUUACGCUGAGCAGUCUCAAUGACCUUCAACAUUAUAGUACACCUGUAUUUUUGUAAUCUGUCUUCAUUGGAAUACAUAUUAACGUUCCUAGACGUCUUGUGUCGUGAACACUAGACCUUAUGCAUAUACGAGCUUAAGCUCCCCGUCUAGCGAUCCUGCACCUUCGGAAGGAUGAAAGAGCUGCAACAUUCAUUCUUCGAUAUUUACCCAGGCGUGGUCAUGUUUUACUGUCUUCUGCUUCUGUUCAUUUUUUUUCCGAUUACAACUACUUCAGUUCAAAGCUUCCUUUCAGCGAUAUUCCGCUUGCAGGGCGCUAUGUAGGGUUUCCUAUGUACUUGCGACCUUCGUGAGACAGCAUGGAGACACGCAUGUUAGAAAAGGAGUGGAUCUCUCUGUUAACUAUACUAAUGGCUAGGCACUAAGGCAGUCAUGCUUGCAUCGGGACUUAAC